UUGCUCCAGCAGAUGGGCCAUCCCCAUUCGUACCCGAACCUGGGCCAGAUCUCCAAUCCCUACGAACAGCAGCCGCCAGGGAAAGAGCUCAACAAGUAUGCCUCCUUAAAGGCAGUCGCUGACAAGGUCAAUGACGACUUCUACACCAAGCGACGGCACCUGGCUGAGCUGGCUGCCAAGGGGAACCUACCUUUGCACCCCGUAAGAGUGGAGGACGAGCCGCGGGCCUUCAGCCCCGAGCACGGUCCUGCCAAGCAGAAUGGACAGAAGUCUCGCACCAACAAGAUGCCCCCACAUCCCCUGGCCUACAACUCCACCACCAACUUUAAGGGCUGGGACCCCAGCGAGCAGUCCCUGCGGCGGCAGGCUUACGGCAACAAGGGCAAGCUUGGCACGGCCGAGACAGGCUCCAGUGACCCCUUGGGAACUCGCCCCCAGCACUACCCACCCCCACAGCCAUACUUCAUCACCAACAGCAAAACAGAAGUGACUGUCUGAGCUUUCAACACAGGGAGCACCCUGGAGACCACACCCAAUUGAGAGAUGCAAAAAAAAAACAAAAAAAAAAACAAAAAAAAAAACCCUGGCCCCACCCUCCCCUCUCCAACACAUGCACCCAUACACUAACUCUCAACAAGAACCAACUAUGAACCUACUGGGGACACGGAGUCGCAUUUUUCCCAGGUCAUGCCUAGCAUAUGUUGGCAGGCAGCUGAGAAAGGCCGAAGCGUGGACAUUCAGCAAUACAGCAAAGGGGAAACUGAGGCACACUCUUUCCACUGCAGGCCCAACGUGGCCAACUCAACAUGCCCAAAUGUGGGGAUGAUUCUUUUCCUCCUAACUUGAAACCGAAAUCCAUGAUGAAAAAAUAUAAAAGUAGCACAAUUUAGAGAAAUUGUCCGUUUGAGCACAUACACUACUUGCCACGUGCUGUUUCUAGGUACGAGAGCCAGGGUGGAGUGGGGGCAGAGAACGAGGGAGGACACAGAGUGUAUUUCAGAAGAGGAGCUCUUCUGGGAGGAAUCUGCCUACAUUAGAAGUAUUUUUCUAAUUCCAAGAAGUGGUGACAUGGACAUAAAAUUUUGACAAGCCUGAAACGGUCACUGGACCCCAACUGUUCUAUUUAUAGUACUUUUCAUAUCCACGUUGGAAGCAAAAAAAUAUCCUCAAACUCACAAAAAAUAAAUAGACCCUGAACCCACUGAUAAUGAUGGGAAGAAAAUAAAACAUUUUAGAGAACUCC